CGCGGCGCACCCCUUCCUUCCCGCACACACUCCAUCAUCAAUACGGAAAACUUUCGAUUUUUAUAAUCAGUCAGUUUGUUUUGUUGUGAUUUUCUAUCAAUUUUAAUGGUAAAAUUGAAUGGAAAGAGCAGUGGAGGUAAUUCGCGUUACUGUUUAGAUCACAGAUAAGCGUGUCAGAAAGAAUUACACGAAAUAAUCCGCAAUGUCGACCGCUUUGCUGGCCGUGAUUGCCGUAAUCUUAUGUAUACUCUUCAGAAUCCUGAAUGUGAAUUCGCAGCCCCAAAUACCGUCCCUAUUUUGCGGGGACAAUAAAUUUCUUGAUAAUAUCCUGAAGAUAUCACCUUUAUUAAAAGAGCCGUACAUUCCGACAAGACUAUGGGGUUUCAGCGGCCACGUACAGACUAUCAUCCACAGCGUGAUUGGUCGCGUGAAAUGCCCUUGGCCAAUGGGAGAACGCAUUUUUCUCACCCUCUCGGAUGGGACCACUCUCACCUACGAUAUGUACCAACCUUUAGACACCAACUUUCCCGAUGACAUUUCAAUAGCAAUCUGCCCAGGUAUUUGUAAUACCUCGGAAUCCGUGUACAUUAGAACUUUCGUGCAUUGGGCGCAGUACCAUGGAUACCGGUGUGCCGUUCUGAAUCAUGUAGGCGCCCUACCGAAAGUACCGGUUACUGCACCAAGAAUUUUCAGUUAUGGCAAUACUGAAGACUACCAUUCGAUGCUCCUAAAUCUAAUCAACCGGCAUCCAGAUACCAAACUGGUGUGCGUGGGCUUCAGUCUGGGCGGUAAUUUAGUCACGAAAUAUCUUGGAGAAAAAGACCGAGUCAAACAUCCAAAUAUCAUUGGAGGAAUAUCUAUUUGCCAGGGCUACAAUGCCAUCGAGGGCACAAAGUACUUGCUCAACUGGCAAAACUUUAGGCGUUUUUAUCUGUACGUCAUGACUGAAAAUUUGAAGAAUAUUAUUUUGAGGCAUAGUAAGGUAUUGUUGAGUGAAGAGGCCAAGAGAAGGUUCCAAUUGAUAGAGUCUGAAAUUAUUUCCGCUGCUACUCUGCCUGAAUUGGACGAGGCAUAUACAAAGAAGGUGCAUGGUUUUAAUACUAUAACGGAGUUGUACCAUUGGAGCUCGAGUCUCAAUUACGUAAAGAACAUAGAUAAACCUAUCAUUUUUGUUAAUGCCAAAGAUGACCCUAUUGUUCCCGAACCGUUGUUGGAACCUAUUAGAAAAUUAGCCGAAGAAAAACCGAACACCCUCUACGUGGAAGUGGCACAUGGCGGUCAUCUGGGCUUCUACGAGGGCGGCCUCACGUAUCCCAACCCGGUCACGUGGUUGGAUCGUGCCUUAGUGGCAAUGGUGGGCAGCCUUGCUCUCCACUACGACGACAAAUUAAUGAAAAAAUCAAGUUUGGGCGUGUAAUUUUUUACUCGUGAAGCGUCGGUGGGACGUGUCGAAGUUUUGUAGCCGGAAAUCUAAUGUUUGAUCAUUUUAGAUUUAUAUUUUAAUUGAUCAAAUUUCAAUACAAUUUGCCAUCAUAUGUCAUAUUUCCGGAUACAUUUUGAUACUACUUGGCUGUGUUACUAUCGAAUGACGGUUUUAAAGUCUUAAGUAGCAGUAGUUAAAAGCAGGUGAACCGGGGGUGGUUGGUGACCAGUACGGAUACUAGUGUUUUUUGACUUUUUUAGGUUACUUACGACGGAAUGUGUGUAUAUUUUGUUUUUUGCAGAUAUUGUCCUUGAUAAAGGUCAAUAAAAUUGUUGAUUUUUGUUCACAUUUUUUUCACAGCUUGUAUGUAUGUUGUACAGCUUAAGUUAUUGAAUAAUUAUGGUAUACGUUGGUUAACACGCACUCAAGCAUUUAAGAAACUUUGAAGUCUAUUUACGAAUCUUUAAAUGCACAUAAAGCUACUUCUAGUUUUAUUUUGCAACAGGUCGCAAUAAUCAAUUAACACAAAAUCACUUAAUGUGACAAUAAGAAACCUAUUUUUCCUUUUUGGAUCCAAUCACAAACCCACGUGAAAACUUAUAUACCGGGUGACACAGAAAAAAUUUUCGGUUUAUUUUUGUUAAUUAGUUUUUUUCUUCUUAUGCGCUUAUUUAGCAACCGAUUUAAAAACUAAUCAUAUUAAAUUAUUGGGAAAAAGAAACCGCAUUUCAAAAGUGGUUGUUGCCAAUAAUGUGCUAUUUAAAAAAUUAAGUAAUUGCCAAAAUUAAUGGUUUUGACAUUUUAAAUAGGCGUUUAAGUCCAAAAAUCUCAUCCAUUAUUCUCUAAGAGACCAACAUACAAAAUUGACGAAAAACAAAAUAAAACACAAAGUCACGUGAACCCACAAGUGAGUACUUGUACUGUACUGUGAAGUGUGUGGAUGGCUUCUAAAGGCCUGAUGAUGCUCUAACUAGAGCGAAACACGUGUAGCCCGUUUUAUUACAUGUUUUGAGACCGCGACUUUGUGUUUUUCUUUGUUUUUCGUCAAACAUUUAAGUCAUAAAAUGCAAUGAAAACUAUUUUUCCAUAAGUUAAAAAUCAAAAUUUAAAAUCAAAAUCUAUAAACAUGAAUAACUAAUGACUAACAACAUGACUAACAACAUGAUCAAAAAUUAAAAGUUUUGACGCAUUCACGGCACCCUACUAUAACCCCUUCAGACCUGACUUUUUUUUAAUGGCAAAAAAAUAUUUUUUUCCAAGAUUUAGCUAAUAUGACACUAUCUGAAUUCAUUUAUAUAAUUUUUUUGAUUUUUUUAAAUUUUUUUUUGUAUAUUUGUUUGAUUGUACAUACCCAUGUACAUAAGGUACGGAAUUAAAAAAAAAGUUAAGCAAAUACAUAUUUUUUAUUUAGGCAUAAAAGAAAGAAAAUGAUAUAAUCCUAUUUGGAAGAACGGUGGAAAGUUAAAAAGCAGUUUCGAUUUUUAAUAAGACACAAAUGCAUACGACACUUGUCACAAAAUACAUGUGACCUUCCUUUACAUCCAGCCACCUUGCUUCUAGUAGUUUCUUUUUUUUUAUCAUCAAAUUGGGGCAUAUGAUCUACCCUAUCCAACUGAACUUCAACGAGUGGGCGAAUUUCCACUUUUCUUCUUACUGGAUGAGGAGACGCGGGUGGGGUAGCACUAAAGGAUGAUGAUGGUCGACCCCGUUUAUUUGAGGGAACCUUCUGACCCAUUUUUAUUAGACUUUCAGCAAUCGUCAUCCUGAAAUCGAGUAAGUCCAUAAUUUUUUUUUUGGAACAUUACAAGGUUGGCAUUCUUUUUUAUAUCCCAGCCAGCUGUUAACCAAAGCAAAGUCAAUCAUAUGCAUCGUAACUCGCAGUGUCCACUUAUUUGAUCUGAUGAAUAUUCUGUAUAAACUUAUUAGUUGAUCUAAAAGAUCGAUUCCUCCCAUGCUGUGAUUAUAUUUUUUUACCACUUCUGGCCUACUAAUUUGUACAUAUUGUGAGUUUGUUUUAUCCCACCGCUUUGCUUGAUCUUCUAAACCUUUACCUACGCAAUUCGAUGCCAGACAAACAGUUUUAUUAUCUAACCAUUUUACGACAACUAAGCCAUCCUCGCUAACAACUUCUUCGGAAAAUCCUCUUUCUUCUUUUUUCAUAUCUCUAUCGCUCAUAACGGGAGGCUUUUUUAACUCAACAAGAAGCAAAUAGGAAUUGAAGAAGUUAUCAAAAAACAAUUGAUGGCCUGGUUGAGAAAUCCUGUUUGCAAAGUGAAGAAUUACACUAGCUCCCUGUUCAAAUUUCUGAAGAUUGUCUUCAUUUAAACCAGUUGUCUUACCUUGAUAAAACACAAAGUCAUAAGCUUGUCCACUUUUUCGACAUAACACGAAGACCUUUAUUCCCCAUGGACAUGGUUUGCCUUUUAUAUACUGUGCUCAUCAACACAAAGUUGACGUUCGAGGUUUAAUUGCAAACAUCUUUUUCUGACAGAUUCUAUAAUUGGCCUAACUUUAAAGAGUUUAUCUUUUGAUUCAGUUGGCUUUUCCAAAUUAUUUACGAAAUGAAGACAGCUGCGUAACUGAAAAAACCUAUCCCUUGACAUGUUUCAAGCAUAAAUUCUUAGGGUACGAUCCCAAUACAUUCUAAUUCGAGGAAAUUUAUUCAGGCAUCCAAUCAUGAUAUGAAGAGCUAUUAAAACUCUUAUUUCAGAUUCGGUUGUUGGUCUAAAGUUUUUGACGUUAUUUUGCAAUGCAUAAAUAUUUGUAUACAUUGACAUUUCCUCAAAUAGUUUUUCCGGAAUAUACCUCAAGAAAUUCAAUAGGGUAUGCAGGCUCAAUUGGGUCUAUAUUACUAAUGUCUUGGUCUUGAUUCUAUUCUUGUCUUAUUGUUUCAAAUUUAAUUUUUUUUAAUUUGAAAGUAAUCCCACUUUUCUUUUUCUUUAUCUUAGCUAUUACUACUGAUAAAGAUUCGUCAUCACUGCUGGAGUCAUCGGCACCGUGUUGGUUUCCGUUUCUUUCCUGAAGUUGCUCAUCUAUCUUUGUCAGAGUGUCAGGUCCUACUCUUGGUUCACCGGGGACGGUCACGCUUUCUAAAAUAUCGUCUUCGUCUUCAUUUUCUUCAAUAUCCGACAAAUCGCCAUUUUCAACUAAGUCGAUAAGUUCUUGUAUAUCUUCUGGGUUUUCAAGACUAUACUUCUUUUUAUAUGCACUCACUUUUAAAAUCAGCUUACAAAUAUCUAAAAGAAACUACAAUUUACAACUUACAACACUUCAUACCAUGUGUACAUCUACAUGGACAAGUCUUUAUACCAAUAAAGACUGUUUGUACAUGAACUUUUAGACAAUAAUAAUCAUAGAAAAAUAGUCAAGUAUUUUAUAUAAAAUAGUAAUAUGAACUUUAUAAACCUCUACAAACUUUUCACACUUUUUUUUUUCAAAAAAAAUACAAAAUCCAUACAAAACAUAAACCACAGAGCUUACCUUGAAUCGAUAAUGCGCAAUAAAACUAGGUCAUGUUUUUGUUUACUACUUCACAUUUUGUCUCAUAGAUGGCACUAGAAAAUGGUUUUUGCGUGGUAAAUAUAUACAUAAAGAAGUACAAUUGGUAUAAACUAUGAACGCUUGCGGGUUGAUUAAAAAAAUAACCAAUAAAGUCAGUAUACAUACCCAUGUACACCGGGUCUCAAGGGGUUAAAAUUAAAAAAAAAAGAUUUUUUCUAUUAGUAUUAAACAAAAGGUAGCAAAUAGAGUAUCAUUGUUUUCAGAAUACUAUUUUCUAUCGAAAUACGUAAUAAUAUACCAAGUGUCCCAUUUAAAAUAAGAAAGUUAGUGUCACUUCCUGUUAAACUGGACGUGAUGGAAAACAAUAGAAUAUGUCUAAAGAUGCUGUUAUAACUAUUCUAUCGAUAUACCAAAUUUCAUUCGCUUAUCUUAAAAAAUAAAAAAAUUAUUAGGUGUUCCCUUUUUUCUGUGUCACCCGGUAUAGUUACGGGCACACAAAGUCAAGAUUAAUUUUCAUCGGGGUUGUCCCGAUUCAUUGCAUUUUAAUAAUUAACUCAUUCCAGUAAUUUUUGUUAAAAACCUGAAAAUGUUAUCAUGAAUUGACUUGUAAUUUAAUUAUUUUUUAAAUAUUGCCUUGGUGAUUAAACUCGAUGAACUCAUGCAAUAGAAAAUAAAGAUAUGUGACCUGGUUAAUGAAAAGAGAGCUUAGGUGUGAAAAAUCAUUUUCCAAUUGUUUACCAAUUCGGAUAGGGUUUAAGACGCCCUUUUCCAUGGUGAAAACCAGAAAGUCGUAAUUUCGAGAAAGGGUUACUAAAAAAUUAAGAAAAAGAAAAACAGAAAUGCGAAAAAAAAUCCUUUUUCCACAUAUACGUAUAAACAGGAAAAACUAAAGGCACUACGUUGUAGAAGGCAAACUAAAUUUUAUGCCUCGUAGCUUGUCUAUUCUAUCAUAGUCCAUAUUUCUUCCGUUGAGCAAGCUGUAAAUAAAGACUUUCUAAUUCUUCGAUAUGACAGCUGUAAACGAUUGUUUUUCGUAUUCUCGAUCAUUUUUGGUCAUAAUUGUUUGGGGUUUGGUGUUACAUCAAUCUUUCAAUCAAUCAAAUUUGGUUACCAGCUACUGCUUCCCUUUAUACAGAGCAAAUAAAUCCAUUUUAACGAAACUUUAUUCCAUAUCAUUCCAGUCAUCGUUAUUUGAACAUCUUCAUAGGAUCCGUCAUUGUCUUCACGGCACUACGCUCUUCAUCUACACUCAUUGUUGGUUAUUUUGUGAAUGUAAAAGACCAACAGUAAAGAUUUAAUUAAUUUAAUAACGACAAAAACACUUCUUCAGUUUUUCUCGUUUAGUAAUCUGAAGCUGACUAUGUACGCAAUUCACUACAAUAAUACUUUGAGUAGAAACAACACGUGACGUUCUUGAAUAUAGUUAGUUAUACACCAAAGAAAAUGGAGAAAAGGAGACAAUUAGCGAGAAACUGACGAAAAUAAUUGUUUUCGCACAUAAGCUCUUUUUGCGUAGAAAAGGUCACAUAUAAAGAAUUUCGUCUUUCCACAUGGUACGAAAAAGUCUAAUAACAAAGCAAAAUUCAGUAAAACUAAGCUCAGAUAUUUUCAGGAUUAAACAAUUUUUCCAAUUAAAAUCCUAGUUGAGGCUUGUGUGAUCAGAUUAUUGAUAAUCCCAAAAAAAAUAGUGGCCAAUAAGUUAAUUAAUAAAAAGUUUAAAAAUUAAGUAAUUUAUAAAAAUAUAAACAUUUAUUUGUAAAUGUAACUUAUAAGGAAUUUUAUUUUGUUCUCAUUUUACUAAUCCACUACAUAACAAAAUACUUUCAAAUUAUAUCUUCAUUUGAAGAUAUUUUGAUAUGUAAUGUAUAUAAUGUAUUUUAAUAUGACAUGUAUAAUUUUUUGUAAUUUAAAUGGAAUUUAAAAUACUUUGUUUUGUGGAUUUAAAAACUCAGUGACUGUUUCCAGAAAAUGGGCGUCUUUACCCGAUGGGAUUUACCCUCAUCCCUUCUACUUAACUGUUUUUACUUUUAUUUACCAAUGUUUUUGUCCAUGUAUCUUCAUUAUAUUUCAUUAUCUUA